GACUCUGCUAGAGCGCUUAAAAAACAAAUAAUAAAAAAAAAACACCAUACAAAUAAAAAACAUAACCAUACAAUUACAAAACAUACAUACACACAUUUCAUAAUUAAAAGUGAUUAAAAAUAUAAAAAAAAAUUGUGAUAAAAAAUAACUUUAAUUUAAAAAAGUAGUGUAUAUAUGUAUAUAUAUUUUUAUUUUGUUUAAUUUCAUCAGAUGACAAUGCCCAUGACGCAGUGACAACGGUAACCGCUUGAAGUGAACGUGAUCAUAACAGCCGAUACAGCAUGUUCCAAAAGCCUGCUUUCGGGAGCAACAGCUCCGGUUUUGGUUCUUUCAACGCUGGUAGUUCCACGACUACUCCGUUCGGCGGGUUCAAGACUAACACCGGUACUAGCGCGUUCGGAGCGCCGCCCGCUUUCGGCGCUAGUACCUCUACGCAACCCGCAACUGGGGGAGGAUUGUUCGGCGCUACCCAGCCCACGACGAGCCUCUUCGGGAACACGGCCGCGUCCACGUCAGCCCCGCCGUUCGGGGCUUCGCCCUCGGGCUUCGGCUUCGGCGGCGGCUCCUCCACCAGCACGGGGCUGUUCGCGCAGCCCGCGAACAACAGCGGGCUGUUCUCCAGCAACCAGAACACGUCCGCCUUUGGUGCUAAGCCUUCCACAGGUUUCGGCUUCGGCGGCACUUCCACAUCGGCCACCACCACGGGAGGUCUCUUCGGUUCCACACAGAACACCAACAACUCUUUGUUCGGACAACAGCAGUCCACGGGGCUCGGCACCGGACUCUUCUCGAACACAACCGGUACAUUCGGCCAGCAAGCGGCCACGGGCACCGGCCACGUGAAAUACAACCCCUUAGUCGGCACUGACGUCGUCGUUAAAGGCGGAACUUCGCAGAAUGUCAUCAUCAAGCAUCAUUGUAUCACUUGUAUGAAGGAAUAUGAGAGCAAGUCUUUAGAGGAGCUCCGCCUGGAGGAUUACACGGCGGGCCGCAAGGGCUCCGCCGGCGGCGGCAUGUUCGGCGGGUUCCAGCAGACGGAGAACAAGCCGCUGUUCGGAGGCAGCACUUUCGGCCAGCCGGCCACGACGAGCGCUCCCAACGUGUUCGGCGGCGGCGGCGCCCUUAACACUUCCGGCGGAUUUGGACAGACCAACACUUUCUCUUUCGGCAACAACGCCCAGAACACAACAAACACGACAGGAUUGUUCGGCACCGCUAAACCAGCUUUUGGAGCUCCGGCCACCAGUGGCACUGGUCUGUUCGGCGCGGCGUCGACACAGGCUUCUACUUUCGGAACGAACACAUCUACGUUUGGAUUCGGCGCUACCACACAGAAUCAGACGGGCGGCUUGUUCGGCGCAAAGCCGGCCACAUCCGGUUUCGGCGCGCCCGCCACUUCCGGUUUCGGGGGCUUCGGCGCCGCCAGCCCCGCGCCCACGCUCUUCGGCGCCAAGCCGCAGCAGAGCGCCGCGCCCGCCUUCGGCACCCCCACGCCUGCUUUCGGCUCGCUGUCGGGCGGUUUCGGCACCACGACGUCAACGGCCGGCGGGUUGUUCGGCGCGAACAACACGUUCGGCAAACCGGCUGCGCAGGCGCCAGCCUUCGGAUUCGGCACUACACAGCAACCCACUCUGGGCACAGGGCUGGGGUCCACCGGUCUGGGCGGCGCGUUCGGCCAGAAACCGGCCACGGCCACUGGGUUCGGAACCCUGGGCGGCACCAUGUUCCAGCAGACCAAUAACAACACCUUCAGGACUGGAUUGGACAGUGGUCUCGGCGGUGGGCUGUUCAACAAUUCCAGUCUGGGCGGCGGCACCCUAGGAAUGGGUCUCAACACAAACAACUCCGGCACCGUGUUAGGAAACACUUCAACGGGCAACGUGCAUGAACAAAUACUGACGCUGGCGGCGCGGCCGUACGGCGACUCGCCGCUUUUCAAGAACCUUCUGCCCGACAGGACAACCACAGCGGAGGACGUUCUCAAACCGACCAAUCCGGCGGCUGUCAAGGCCGCGUUGGAAUCCAGCGGCGGGUACAGAGUCGGUUCGCCGAACGUCAACAUCAAACUGAGCGUGCGGCCCGCUACGCACCAUGAUAAGAAAUCCCUAUUCGACGGCUUGGAAGAGGCGGACGCUAGUUUAGAAGAUAAACUGAGUUUGAAGCCGAGCCGCAAGAGGCUGGUGUUGAGACAGACCCAUAGGAAUGAAGAACACAAUUCUGUUGAACAGAUAAAUAAUAAUAACAGAUCAAUGCCAGAAGAACAGCCCGCACAGACAGAGCCGGCUAAAUCUUCUGAGACAAGUCUCGAUGAACUGGAGAGGGUUAAGAGACAGGUGGACUUCAACGAGGAAAAUUCUUUGAAGAACAAUUCGGAGAGACACGGCAGUUGGUUAACGUCGCCCAAAACGAACAACAAUUCGUGGUCGGACAACGAGAAAGCGGCGGAAGUUGGAGAAACGCCAAGACUCUACCCUAAUUUAGACAAAGAACUCCCCGCCCAAACGGCCGAACGUCGCGCCAGCUGGUUAACCACGAAGCCGCUUCGCAAACCGGUGAAUUGGAGCCCAGGGUGCGCCGAGAACUCGGUGAGAGAGCUCGGGGUCCGGGACCGCUCCCUCGGCAAGGAGAACAUCGACACUCUGUCCGUAUCGGAAGAAGAACACGUUCCUCCCGUUUCGAUGCCGCCGCAUCCCACGGGAAUCAAGCUGACUCGGCCCGGAUACUACACUAUACCGUCCCUGGACGACCUUACAGGUUACCUACGGCCGGACGGCAGCUGCGUUGUUCCCAAUUUCACAAUCGGAAGGAAAAACUACGGCAACGUGUAUUAUGACUGCGAGAUGGACGUCGCGGGAUUGGACUUGGACGCUUUGGUGCACUUCCUGAACAAAGAGGUGAUAGUGUACCCGGAAGACGCCGACAAGCCGCCGGUGGGCGAGGCACUGAACAGACGCGCCAUCGUCACCCUGGACAGAGUCUGGCCACGGGACAAGACCGAGAAGAGGCCGAUCACUGAUCCGGAGAGACUUCUCAAAAUGGAUUACGAGGGCAAAUUGCGUAGAGUUUGCGACAAACACGACACGAAAUUCAUAGAGUACCGCCCGCAGACCGGUAGUUGGGUGUUCAGGGUAGAACACUUCAGCAAGUACGGCUUGACUGACUCAGAUGAGGAGGACGACAUCACUCCUGAUGUGCUGAAGAGGCAGCUGGUGGAACAGCAGCAGCUGCAGAAGUCCGCAGCUCCAGCGAAACCUAAACCGCCAGCUGGUCUAGGCGGCCUCGGAGCCCCGGGGCUCCAGGGUACCGUACAAAGCGGCCUUCAGCCGGGGCUACCUCUCGGCACACUACAGAGUAUAAGUUCCAUGCCUCUGUCUACCUCACUCCUGCCUGAGCACAUGUUCGCAAUGCAAAGCUCGCUUGGCUUGUACAAUGGAGAAGGAAAAGGGUUGACUUUCGAAAUGGACACAACUGAGGAUAACGCUGAGUCGCACAGUAUGUACUCAGAUAGCAGAGCUCUUGGCGUGAAGAGUCCCACAAGCGAACUGGCCCGUCUCGAACACCGGCAGAGUCACCACGUGCAGCUGAUGAAGGCUUCCCUCUACGCUGACGCUGAAAUGGAGGACGACGUGUCAGUAUCUACGGGGGACCAGCAAGUGCCGUGGACUCAUUCGCCGCCCCGGGUCGCACUUCAAUCGGCGGCCACUGUACACACCGCUAGUGAUGUCACGGCGCCCGCCAUCUUGGCGAGCAAUGAUGAAAUAGCAAUGAAACCGCUCAUAGUUCAGCCUCACACCAUCGUAUUGAAAUAUCAUAGAAAGGUGCCGCCUUUCAAGAAAACUAUUGCGGGACGUCUAGACGCGGCCUGCAUAGCUGACAUGGCGGUGUGUCGCGCCCGCCACAGCCGCAUCGGUUUCGGUCCAGCCGGCCAGUUCGUCUUCCCCACCAGCCUGGAUUCGUUGGCCGAUUUGCCUAAAUCGGCCGAACUGUGCGACCUUGGCAGAUAUCUGGGCGGCAGACGAGAAGACGAUUGGAGUGAACCCAUUGUGGCAAGACUGGCUGUAGGUCAUGGAGACCCGUCUGGAUAUACACAGGAGGCCCUGACACUUUACAUGGAGACCCUACUGGAAUGGUCCGAGGUGAUCACGUCACCGGUAUGCCCACGUCUAGCGGUGAGGACAGAACCUCACGCGAGGUUGCAGCUCCUCUUGAAGCAGCGGGAACACGCGCGCGCUCUAAGGAACAAGUCUGUUCAGUUCGGCGUGACCGGCGAGUACUGCUGUGAAGUGUGGACGCUGUGCGAGGCGCUGUGGAGGGCCGAUCUCGAGAACGACGGAGUGGCCCCCGAAGACGUACAAUCGCGCGUGAGUCAGCACAAGAGGCUGAUAUCCUGGCUGACGGACGCCGUCAAAGAUGUCACCGAGGGGGAGUUGGCGUCACCCAGCGAAUCCGAGGCUGAAGACGACACGGAUUUCCACAGCGGUCGUGUUUGGACGCUCUUGGUGGGCGGGAGGGUGCUAGACGCUUGCAAGUUGGCGAGAAAGCACGGCGACUUGAACAUGGCGGCGCUGAUAGCGCAGGCCGCUGGAGACCCUCUAUUCCGUUCCCUCGUGUCCCGCCAACUGACUCUGUGGCGGGAGUGCGGCGCGGAGCCGCUGAUAUCUGCGACGCGACUGGCGACGAUGCGACUAGUCGCAGGUCUGAGCACGCCGCGCGACAAACUGAACACGCUGGAUUGGAUGAGGGCGUUGCUGGCCACUGCCAAAUACAUCUGUCCCCAAGUGCCGACACUGGAGCAAGUGGUGAGAACCUACGAGGGUUUCUUCAUCGGUGAUGAUGAAGACGCUGACCUUACCACGGUGGAGGAUGAUGAGAUGGGCAUGAGGCAUCCUGUGCCGCCCUACUGCCAGGAUUAUGAGCUGGCUUCCAAUAACGGACGCCACCGUCGCAUUUUAGACUUGCGUUACGAGCUGAUAAAGGCUCGCUCGAGGAAUGCCCGGCCGGGACUCAAACCCGCUUCCUACACGCCCGAUCCGCUGGAUUAUAGUCUGUGCUUCCUCCUCGGGACAUGGUUUGGGAACCCUACAAGGGAGAGUAUAACGGGCUUGGCCGACCAGCUCGAGUCGUUGGGGGCUUGGCAUUUGGCCGUACAAGCACUGGCCUACCAUCCUGAUGACGUAGCUCGCGGUCACCUGAUUCGCGGCGUGCUUUCUCGGCACGCGCCCGCCGCGGCUGAUACUGAAGAACAACAGAAGAGAAUGCAGUUGGUAAGAAGAUUGCAGAUACCGGAGAAGUGGUUGUUACUGGCGCAGGCGCAUAGGGCCGGUUAUAUGCAUUCGUGGUUAGUACAAGCACGCCAUCUAUCGGACGCUGAAGAGUGGAACGCCGCGCAUGAAGUCUUACUUGAUAAGCUGUUACCCGAUGCCGUGUUAGGUGACAACAUGAAGAAUGUAGCGCCCCUGCUAGAAAAACUUUACGAAGCCGCGCAGAGACACGAAGUGUGCAACUGGGAGACCGGGGGGCUGGCCUUGUAUCACUAUAUGCACGUCUGUGAGCAGAUGCAAGUAGUGGUCUCAGGAACGGAAUCCGGCGACGUGCCCGGCCGCUUGGAGGCGUUGCGGCCUCUAGUAGCGGCCGCGUGUCGCGCUCUGCAACAUUUGCCGCACAGGUCGGCACGGCACGCCGCUGCCCGCACGGAGAUGGGCGCGCGGCUGCUGCAGCUGGCGGUGGCGGGCGGCGAGCGGGCGCCGCGCCUCGCCGCGCUGCUGCGGGCGCUCGGGCUGCCGCCGGACUGCGCUCAGCACGCCCAUAGACAGAUAACGAACGAGUUAGCCGAGCAAGCUUCAGAGUUGUGCAUAGACUCUGUGUCCAGUUCACCCAUCUCUUCCCAACACCGCGCCGCCGCCUUGAGCUAGAGUGGGACAGAUAUAUGUCACUCAACUUGUCAUAAUUUUGAUAUUUAGUUCUCCCGUCUGUUUCCAAUACCGUACGUAGUACCUCCGACUUUAAUUACAAAAAGACAACAAAUUAAAUGUCUAGUUUUUUCGUCUCUCGCCAAUAAAUCGCCUUGAGCUGAAGAGAGACAGAUAUAUGUCACUCAACUGAUCAUAAAUUUUAUGUUUAAUUUCCCCGUUUCUUCCCACGCUUCGCCUUUAGCUAGAAAGGGACAGAUAGAUACACAAUUGUCAUUUUGAACGAAUUAGUUUCCGUGAAACAUUAGUUAUUCAUGACUUUAUAUAACUCAUUUUGUAAUUAGCAAAUAAUAAAAACUUUAAAUUUUCAUCUUUUGUCCGCGAAUUUGUGCUAGUGAAUAAUACCAAAAUGGCUUUACAUUUAAUUUGUCAAUUGAAAAGAAUAAAUUAUUUGUUCCAUAAACUCGUUUUUGCCCACGAUUGAGCAACCACGGGAAUUUCCAAAAAUCCGUUUCGGUCAUGUAAAUUUUAUUUAUUUUAAUACUUAUUCUUCCUCCAGAUUUUAGUCCCGGCUGCAUCCUCACCUCUCUGGAGAGGAGUCCGUGUUACGAUUUUGGUCAUGGAUCCUGGAUUGGGUGAGUCAGGUUUUUACACGAAGCGAAUCCCGUCUGACCUCCGCAACCUUUGCAGGUAAACCUACAUACAUACAUACAUAAAAUCACGCCUCUUUCCCGGAGGAUUAGGCAGAGACUACCUCUUUCCACUUGCCACGAUCUCUGCAUACUUCCUUCGCUUCAUCGAAUGUGCAGGUUUCCCACACCGUAAUGUAAAUUUUAUUUUAAUAUGUUCAGUAGAGUAAUGGUUGGGCGUUGAUAAAUUAAUAUUUUCACAUGUUAAAAAGAAUACGAAUUAUAGACUUAAGUCUCCAAGAGACAUUCGUAUAUAAAUCAUACAAUGUGAUAAAAAUCCUGUCCGGUCCGAUAAGGAAAAUAAUAUUUAACAAAUCGGAUUAUAAAUGGCGGAGAUAUGCGGUAACGUACAUAAAAAAUACUUUUAAAUUGAGAACCCCGUUCUUUUUUUAAGUCUGUUAAAAUAAUUAAUAUGUAUUUAUGAAAUAAAAAAUGAAAUGCUUGAGUAAAAAGUUAAUAAAUAGAUAAGAAAAAAAUAAAAAAUACGAAUAAACUUCCUAUUGUAAUUGAUUUAUUGCUAUACAUUUUUGUGUAAAUUAUAAGUAUUGAUUACAAACGAAAUUUAAAAAUCGUUACAAUUUUAUCACCCCAAUAUUUAGCAAAUUGAAAAAAGUGACAACACCGUCUGUAAGUGUUGCCGUGUAAAAUUGGAUUCUAUUAUUUAAAAGGGCCAAAAUUUUAAUCUUAUUGGCUAACCUACACAAAUUUCGAAACUUUAAGUUCGCGGGUCGGACAGGGUUAUUGUUACAUACAAACAUAUAAUAAAAUUGUAACUGACCGAUGUUGCAAAAAUAUUGGCAAAAAAUCAAUAUGGGAUAUAAAUAUGACAGAAUCAGAUUUUUUUUAUUUCUAUCUGUCUGUAGGUAUGUUUGUACUUUAGUCACGCGAAAAAUUAUCACUCCGAUUUCAAUGCGGUGUGUUUGACUCGGUACAACUUUAAAUUGGUAUACAAUAAUUUCUAACCCCAGCCCAGCUAAGGGGGCAAUAUUGAGUGUCAGCUUUUUAUGUUGUAAUUGUCAGAUUUCGUUUUACGGCGGACGAUGUCGCUGAAGUAUUAAAUAGGUAUACACUAAGAACCAGGCAAAUCAGAUUUUUUUUCAAUAAUACCUAACCGGGAGUAGAACUCGACAGGCGAAAUCAGACCACUGCGCCAAAGUAUAUAUUUGUAUCAUCUUCUUUAACCGAGCAUAGACAUUUUUUAACUGCAUGUGGUCUAAGAAUCAAUACUUGAGAAGGUACAGUCGUCUGCAGAAAAAAAUUGGGUCUAGGCUGGUGUUGAUUUAUAUGAACAGGAGGUCACGUUUUUCUGCAAGCGACUGUACAGUCAACAGCACAUCAAACUACCCAAAUUCACUGCAAAUUAGCUUAUAUUACCACGCCAUAGCGUUCCAUUCUGGGUAACUUGAUAUGCGGUUGACUGUAGAUAGACUUACUCAAAUCAGUCUUACUAGUGAUUUUUACUUUUUUACGUAAAAAGUAUAUCUUUGCUGUGGCAAACUUCUUCAUGGGCUUAUUUUUGUCAGUGCAGAGUUUUAGUCAUUUCUUGAUAAAAAAAAUAUUCAUCUUAAAAUGGCCGAGUAAUAGCUAUGUGGACGCUUUAAUUCUACUUUUUCGUGACUUUUUGGGAUGACACCAAAAGUCACUAAAUCCUAUAUUAUAAGUCUCUCCAACGCUCUUGUUUGUCCACGGAAUAAAAUAUUACCUUUAAACAAUCUACACUUAUAAAUCAUUAAAAGUUGAUCAAAUACACAUUUCGGAAAAAAUAUUACAGCACAAACAACAUGACGUUUGGGUUCCCGCCAAUAAGUCUACCAAAAGUAUAUCUCAUGUAGGUAGGUACUAGUUGGCAUUAUGCCUAUACUUACACGUACGUAAAGACGAAAAAAUGUAAACAAUUGUCUAUAAACAAAAAAAAAAAUGUUCUUUAUUUUUUUAAGUAAUGAUAUUUUUUGUGUAAAUUUUGUAAAAAUAAAAAUAUUGUCUAUUAUAUUGUUUACGUAUUUUCGCGAUUAAGCUAUUUUCUUUUAAAUAAAUGUUAUUAAUUCUUACAUACUUCUUAUUGUCAUAAGUUAAUUUGUAUAUACUUUUUUUUCAACUAUUUUUAGGAUUCAUGUUGUUUAAGGUUUCAUGCGACAUUCAACUGAUUUGUAAUAAUUUUUAAUGGUAUUUUUUUCAAUGUUAUUUUUUAAGCUUCACAUAAAAUAGCUUUGUAUUGGACAUCAUUUUGUCGUUUGAAAGAUGUAAUUAAAAAUAAAUUGUGUUUUUAAGUUUUGAUCUAAAUAAUUUUUGUAGCUAAGUAGUUAGUGAGGAAUAAAUUAUAUUUUUAUUUGCAUUUGUCAAGUUAUAAAACAAAAUAUAAUAACUCUGAUUUUUUUAUGUAUGAAACUUGUACUUACGAUAUUGACGUAACCUUUUGCUCUGAACUAGAGAAAUAAUAUGGAUAACCAGCUCAAAUUAUCAGAAAUCAUUUUCACUAACGACCUUUUUGUUUCCACUCUUUCCAAUUACGCCAAUUAGACAAAGACAAUGACCGAGACUAUUGCCCUGUUACACAAUUAGAAAGGUUAACAAUUAAAAAAAAAACUAUUUUUUCUAUAUUAUUCCUUGCUAGCGAAUUAUCUUCAAUUUACUUAUAAUAUUUCCAUGAUCGUAAUUUUUUUUAUACAAUAUUUUUUUUCAAUGUACGCUCUUACCGCAUUGCGCCGUUGAUGUAUUGAGUUAAGCUGAAAUUAAUUUGUUAUUAGAUUUGUUAGUUUUAUGUGGUAAGGAUCUUUCAAUUGUAAUAAAUAAUAUUUUGAAUAA